AUGGCCGCUGAGAGGUUAUUAUGGUGUACGAUGUUGCUGAUACGUCUCUGGCUUGGGGCCGGUGACCUGUGUUAUGCACAAUCAACGCUCCUAGCAUUCCAAGAUUUACUCCCGGACGACCCGAGACUGUAUGAUAAAAUGAGACCUCCUAAAAAAGACGAUCAGCCAACUAUAGUCAACUUCCAUGUAACUGUUAUGGGGCUGGAUUCUAUUGAUGAAAACUCUAUGACGUAUGCUGCAGAUAUAUUUUUUGCUCAAACCUGGAAAGACUUUCGUCUCAGACUCCCCGAGAAUAUGACUACUGAAUACAGGCUUUUAGAAGUGGACUGGCUCAAACACAUGUGGCGUCCCGACUCCUUCUUCAAGAAUGCCAAAUCUGUGACCUUCCAGACUAUGACCAUCCCUAACCAUUACGUAUGGCUGUACAAGGACAAGACCAUCUUAUACAUGGUGAAGCUAACCUUGAAACUUAGCUGUGCGAUGAACUUCCUCAUCUACCCUCACGACACCCAGGAAUGCAAGCUACAAAUGGAAAGUUUGUCGCACACGACUGACGACCUGAUUUUCCAAUGGGAUCCAGAAGUUCCGCUGGUAGUGGAUGAAAAUAUAGAACUGCCUCAACUGGAGCUCGUGCAGAACAGGACGGCGGACUGCACGCAAGUUUAUUCUACUGGAAAUUUUACGUGUCUCGAAGUAAUAUUUAAACUGAAGCGACGCCUCGGCUACCACCUGUUCAAUACCUACAUACCGACUUGCCUUAUCGUCAUUAUGUCGUGGGUGUCGUUCUGGAUCAAGCCGGACGCGGCGCCGGCGCGCGUGACGCUGGGCGUGACGUCGCUGCUGACGCUGUCCACGCAGCACGCCAAGUCGCAGGCGCAGCUGCCGCCCGUCUCCUAUCUGAAGGCGGUGGACGCCUUCAUGUCUGUGUGCACUGUAUUCGUGUUCAUGGCGUUGAUGGAGUACUGCCUGGUCAAUAUCAUAUUAGAUGAUAGAGCUGCGAAACCCAAGGAACCAGCUGAAGCAGCAAAGGCUCGUAUGCGCGCGAUCAGCAUCGACCGGUUCUCUCGCGUGUUCUUCCCCUUACUCUUCGCGGUCCUCAACGCCACUUACUGGAUACAAUUUGCGCAGUACAUC